AUGGUCGACGUCACCUCCAAGGUGCAGAUCAUCGAGCACGUCAACAAGCCGCUCUCGCAGACCGUCUAUGACACCAAGUGGGUGCCGUGCUCCGCGCGGUUCGUCUCGCUCGGCACCCCGGCUCGGCAGACGGGACUCAUCCACGUGUACUCCCUCACGGCCGGCGACAUCGAGCUGCAGGCGGAGCUUGAGCGUCCAAAGGCGUUCAAGUGCGGGACGUUUGGCGCGUCGUCCAUCGCGGAGCGCCAUCUCGCGACCGGCGACUUUGCGGGCGGCGUCGCCCUCUGGGACCUGGAGCGGCUGCAAGAGCCUCUCUCUGCGACGCAGGGCCACGAGGCCAUCAUCAACUGCAUCGACGGGUGCGGCGGGCUGAAGGGCGCCGGGGCGCCCGAGAUCGCGACGGGCGGGCGCGACGGCGCCGUCCACGUCUGGGACCCGCGCCAGCGGGACCGGCCGGUCGCGUCCAUGCUGCCCGAGGAGGACUGCUGGGCGGUCGCGUUCGGCGACGCGCACAGCGCGGACAGCCGAGUGGUGGCGGCCGGGUACGACAACGGCGACGUGAAGCUGCUCGACCUGGUCGCCGGCAAGCUGCGCUUCGAGACCAAUGUGAGCAACGGCGUCUGCGGGGUCGAGUUUGACCGCAACGACAUCGAGAUGAACAAGCUGGUCCUCACGACGCUCGAGUCGCGCUACCGCCUCUACGACAUGCGGACGCACCAUCCGGUGCAAGGCUACUCCUUCCUCUCGCAGGAGGCGCACCAGUCGACCGUCUGGGCGGCGCGCCACCUGCCGCAGAACCGCGACGUCUUCAUGACGUGCGGCGGCAACGGCUCGCUCGAGCUGUGGAGGUACUCUUACCCCGCGCAGCGCUCGAUCAAAGACAAGGACGGCCACGCCAAGGGCGUGCUCGGCACGGUGACGCAGCUGCAAAAGAAGAAGCUCUCCACGCAGCCGAUCGCCUCCUUCGACUGGCACGCCGACAAGGAGGGCCUCGCGGUGAUGGGCGUGCUCGACCAAACGGUGCGCGUGCUGCUCUGCACAAAGCUGAACUUGGUGUGAGCCGGGCGGCGCCGGAGGCCGCGCGUGGAUCGCGCCGUGCUCACAUAAUUUUGUAUUUGCAUGGGCGAGGGGGGGGAGGGUCGCUGGGGGAACCCGCGUGGGAGUUCUCUGCUGCUUUGUGUGUUUCAACUGUGUCUGAUAGCUGAUAGGUUAU